UUUUGUUAGAGGUAAGUAAUCGACGCUUAUGUUUUAUUUCAGCUUCUACGAUAAAUGCGACUUGCAUUUUUGGUUUUGUACUAGCGGGAAUGGUAACUGAAAAAGUUGGAAGACGCCGAGCCAUCGCAAUCCUCAGUUUACCGAUGAUCUUAACUUGGAUUAUGCUCUACUUCGCCAGGAGUUUCGCGAUACUUGUCGCGUCCAGAGUUAUCGUUGGCAUCAGUUAUGGCGGCGUAAUUCUUCUAACUUACGUAACGACUGCAGAAUACACGACAACAAAACAAAGAGCCGCGUUUGUAACCAUCGUAACGGCUGUUGGUCCUUCGAUAGGUACUGCCUUAGGCCACGUGCUAUCUAUUCUGAUGCACUGGAGAACCGUUGCAUUAAUUGGUAUUAUACCCACUGCAUUAUCGAUCGUAUUACCAUUGUUUUGGGUGGAAAGUCCAUCGUGGUUAGCGUCCAAGGGUCGAUUUGAAGAGAGUAUGGCGGCAUACAGAGAACUUCAUGGUCGCAGUGAGGCUACUGAAGUUGAAUUGAAAUUACUUGUAAAUUUUGAGAAAACGAAGCAAAACGAAUUUACACCGAAUAAAAAAUUAUACUUGUCAAUGUUCGAAAAAAUAAUUUUGGCGUUGAAGCAAAUGUAUUUUUGGAAGAUUUCAUUACUUGUCGCAGUUAUAAGCGUGUACAGAGUGGCGGGAGGCAGAAUAUUAUAUAACACAUUAGCGAUUACAAUGUUGCAAGAAAUGACUGAGAAUUCAAACAUUUUAAUGUCCACAUUGCUGGUUGAUGGAUUCAUUGUCACAGGGUCUAUUUUGCCUGUAUAUCUUUUUAGGAAAAUGAAAACUAGAACUUUAUUAUUUUUAUUUGGAUUAACUUCUAACAUUGUGCUAAUAGUGUUAAGUGCAUGCCUGUAUUAUAUUCCAAGAGAAAAUGUGUAUUUUGCGUGGGUGUGUUCCUCGCUUUUAGCAUUUUAUUUUAUUAUUGCAUACGCAGGACCUUAUGCAGUGUUAGAACUAUUACUCUCCGAACUGUAUCCACUCGAACUUAAGUCUUUUUGUACUUUCUUGUACGGUACUUUUGCUGGAUUUGCAACAUUUCUAAGCAUUAAAUUAGCUCCUACAAUGUUUGACAGUAUGGGCUAUCAUGGAGUAUUUUUAUUAAAUGCAACGAUAGUGUUUUUAUGUCUGGGAUACCUUUGGUUUUAUCUACCAGAAACGAAGGGAAGAACUUUGCAGGAAAUAGAACAGUAUUUUAGGAAUGGUAAUUUUGAUAAUGAUAUCGAUUUGAAUCUUGAACAAUGUGAAUCUGACGAUCUUGUAGCUUGA